GUUUCCGUGGACGCUGCAGUUCCUCUAAAUACUUUUGUCCUCCCGAUUCGGCAUAAAUCCGCUUUAAGUAUGAUUCCUCCCCCCACUCCCCGUGUCCUCCCUUCUUCGCGCUUUCCAGCACAGCUGCACGCGGUUCCUUUCUCAGCGCCUGGGGGAGGCUUUUCUCAGCCGCGUGUGUUUGUUUUGGGGAGGCCGAGCGGUGCCUUCGGGCGAUACCCCCCUUCCCUUGCCCGCCGCGGAUUAAGGCACAGCAGGAGCUCCAGCCUCUUUCUCUUUGGGUAGGGAGAGACUGUGGGAGGGGGAGACGCAUUUGAUCAAUCUCUGCCGGAGGACAAAAGAGAAGGGAGAAAAUACCGAGUUUGCACGGAGGCGCUGCUCAUCUCCUGGCAAGGAGGAGGAAGUGGUGGCAAAGCCAGAGACACAUCUGCCCCUCCCCUCUCCCCCCCCUUUCUUUCUUUCUUCCUCUUCUUUCGGGAAAGCGCCUCGGUUGGGAUAACCGGCUUCCGGCAGAAGAAGGUGGAAGUAGAAGGCGGCGGUGGCAGCGGGUGCUUUUAUGCCUUGCCCCAAACAAGGGACUUUUCUAAACUGAGAAAAGCGGGCUAGGUGCUGGGAGUGGGAGGUGCAGCGAUCGUGGCAGCUAAACUCUUUCGCCUCCCGCCGGGUUGCUUCGCCCACUGCCUAGCGAGGCGAGAAGGCAUCUCAGGAUGGCUCCUCCUUGUAAGUUGCCUCUCUGUGUGUGCGGGUGAAGCGCUUGCCCUCCGUUUAUAUCUUGCUGAACGGGGCAGUCGACAAUCCGUCUUCUUCCAGGUCUUGUCGCCGCUGGAUUCUACCCAUUGUCUUAAAGCCACUGAGGAAACGGGACUCGCUUUCUUCCGAGAGCUCCUCAGCCAUCCACGUCCCCUGGACUAGCCCAACCUAUUGUCAACUGGAAGAGAACGGGAGCUUGUUUCGUCCUUAGACCUGCCCAUUGGAGUUCUCCACUGGAUCACACCGCAGGAAUUCGAGGCUCGUAGAAUUUGGAAGCCUCCUCCUGGGUGGAUUUGUUCCCUAAUAAGCUUCCCUCAAGCCCUCGUUUAACUUAAGUUACAUUUGACUAAGAGGGGGGAAAAAACAACCCACGAUCUUCUUCAGAGCCAUCCUUCGCUGUCGUUGAUUUCUGCAACGUUGAGCAUGCAAGGGGGUGAGGGAGGUUGGAGGUGGGCGUCUGCUUGUUGAGUCUUUUGAUUUCUCCCUCCUGGACUCUCCUAAGCAGUUAGGGAGAGUUUGGCUUCAGCAAUCAGGUUUUGCUUGUUGAUAUUCUCCCGCACGCACGCAUCCACCCCACGCGUAUGCAAACACACACCCUUCCCCGUUAUUGCGCUGCUGGACUCAGCUCGUUUUUUGGCUUCGCGUGUAGGAAAAGAGUCAGUCGAGGACGCAGAGGAGACGCAGGCGCUUGCCUCUCUUGCUCCUAGUCUGAAUGAAACCGGAUCGAGAGAAAAAGUGACUUUACGGACGGGAUUUAAAGGAAGUGAAGUGCGGGGACCGAAGCGGAAAGGAGAGCCCGCCUUUUCGCUGUUCCCCAACGGGCGCACCCGAGAGACCAAAGGGCGCGCAAACGGCUGAAAAGGCAGUUGCCGAAAGGCGCGAUGGCGAGGUUGUGGAAAGCGGAGGUAGUGGCUGCUGGAGCGCUUUUACUUUUGCAGUGCUUGGCUGACCGGGUACAAUUAAUCGGAGCCAUGAAACCGAAGCAGAAUCUCGGUGCAUUUUAUGAAAUGGUUCAGAGCUUCCCUCGAGUGGAGGAAAAAGUGCAUAUGGACUCCUACAGAUAUAGCCACAGAUGGAAACGACACUCGGAAUUGCUCAAAUCAGUGGACACCAACAGAGCCAGCAUAGGACAGGACUCCUCAGAACCUGGAGGUUUUACAGAUCUACUUCCUGAUGACACGCAUGAUAACACUACGCAAAUUGAGGAAGACAUGGAUCACAAUUAUUACACUUCAAGGACAUAUGGUCCAUUUGAUUCUUCCAGCCGAGAUUUGUGGGUAAACAUUGAUAAAAUGGAAAAAGAUAAGGUGAAGAUUCAUGGAAUACUCUCCAAUACCCACCGACAAGCCGCAAGAGUGAAUCUGUCCUUCGAUUUUCCAUUUUAUGGCCAUUUCCUACGUGAAAUUACUGUUGCAACUGGGGGGUUUAUUUACACAGGAGAAGUUGUGCAUCAGAUGUUAACAGCAACCCAGUAUAUUGCACCCUUGAUGGCCAAUUUUGACCCCAGCGUUUCGAGAAAUUCUACUGUAAGAUACUUUGAUAAUGGCACUGCUCUAGUUGUUCAAUGGGAUCAUGUACAUCUACAAGAUAACUACAAUCUGGGCAGUUUCACUUUUCAGGCAACUCUUCUCAAUGAUGGCCGUAUAAUUUUUGGCUAUAAAGAGAUUCCUGUCUCAGUGACCCAGAUAAGUUCAACUAAUCAUCCUGUUAAAGUGGGGUUGUCAGAUGCAUUUGUGGUUCUCCACAGGAUCCAGCAAAUUCCCAAUGUUCGUAGAAGAACAAUCUACGAAUAUCACAAAGUGGAGCUUCAGAUGUCAAAGGUCACCAGUCUGUCAGCUGUUGAGAUGAUUCCUCUGCCCACUUGUCUUCAGUUUAACAGCUGUGAACCUUGUAUCAUGUCUCAGAUUGGUUUCAACUGCAGCUGGUGCAAUAAACUCCAAAGGUGUUCCAGUGGCUUUGAUCGUCAUCGUCAAGAUUGGGUAGAUAGUGGUUGUCCUGAAGAGUCAAAAAAUAAGAUUUGUGAGAAAACAGACACAACUCAAAUGCCUCUUCAUAUCACAACUGCACUACAGCAAACCACAAUGAGAUACAGAGUUUUAACAACUACCAAAGGAACCAUUACAUCAUAUCUGCCAACUAGUCUACCCACGGAAGAUGAUACCAAGAUAGCUCUACACCUAAAAGAUAAUGGAGCCUCUACAGAUGACAGCGCAGAAGAGAAGAAAAGUGCCUCUCUUCACACUGGCUUAAUUGUUGGGAUUUUCAUUCUGGUUCUGAUAGUAGCUGCAGCAAUCCUUGUGAUUGUUUAUAUGUAUCACCAUCCCACCUCUGCAGCCAGUCUCUUCUUCAUUGAGCGUCGUCCAAGCAGAUGGCCUGCAAUGAAAUUCCGGAGAGGAUCUGGACACCCCUCAUAUGCUGAAGUGGAACCAGUUGGUGAGAAGGAAGGCUUCAUUGUAUCAGAGCAAUGCUAGGAUUAUUCUGUGACAAAUCACCAGUACUGGCCUACUGGUGUGAGAAGUUUAUUCCGCCUCACAUUUUAAAAAAGAAACUUGAAGCUGCUGUAACCUGAGGAAAAUAGCUUGGAUUUCUGGAGAAACCACAAAGGGGAGGGGGGACUAAAUGAUGACCCUUUACAGAGUGCUUUGUUUCAGAGCCAUCUGACAUACAAUAUUUCAGAAACAUGUCUCUGAAACACCUACAAUCUGAAAAUAAAGAACACAUUUGCCAUUUUUUUUAUUUCAAGAAAAGAUAUAGAAUAAUCCAGAAAAUGUACCAACAGCUUUAAUUCAGAAGAGUGCUCCCUCACAGUAUUUGAUGCAGCAAGAUAGUUUUGUUUUUAACUUACAAGGUUUUUUUCAUGCCUCAAGGCAAUCCCAUAAUUGAUUAAUCUGUUGGUGAAAUCAACCUGAUGCAAAUAAGAUAGGUUAGUCCCUAUUUAUAUUUCCAUGAGUACUAUCAUUUUAAUUUUCUAAUACGUAGCUAUAAAAUAUAAUCAGAAAAAGUGCUUCUUGUAUUCUGUAGACCUUUAAAUUGUAAUUGGUUAAUCACAACUAUAGUUCUAUAGUUGACAAAGCACUAGAGAGAUCUGUAAGCUUUAGAAAAACAGAAAAGAAGAAGCAAGAAUGCGAUGAAAUUAGUCUCUCCAAGGGAAACAUAUAGUGAAAUUGUACUAAUAUUCAAUUUAAAUAUUCACAGGAGGGAAAUUGGGGUGCAUGGGUAUACACUUAGUUAUAAAUAAAUCCCAUUGAGCUCACUGAGACUUAUUACUAAAUAAUUACAUACAGAACAUUUAGGGAAGGAGUUUUUUUUUAAAAAUCCAGGUGAUGGCUAUACCAUAGGCACAGUGCUUGUAAAAGGAAGUGGGAUUUCAAUCACAUAAUUGCAGCUACUCUCUUAAAUUUUGAGAAUAUUCUUGCAGAUGAAUCUGGCACAGAGGAUUGGACUUCCAUCUUUGGGGCAUUAUUUAUACCCAGAAAGGCAGACUAAAAUAGAAGAGGUAGAUAUUUGAUUGAUAUUGGAAAAAGAAUGGCCUUGGAACACAGGAAACAAAAAAAAAUCAGUUUAUCUACAUAUUUUCAGUUUUCCAAGAGCAGUAUUUUUGCACCAGUGCCCUUCUUCCCUAGAAAAACAUGAAACAUAUUUCAGUCCUUACAAAUUCAUGUAGCGAUAUUGUUUAAUGCACAUAGUAGCUGCAUAAAUAUAUAUAUAAAUAUAUAUAUUUUUAUCAUUAACACAAGGCAGGCUCUUGUGGCUGUUGAGAGUGCAUUGUUUUUGUCAUCCUGACGAUGGAAAUAGAUUGCAUUGCUGCAUAUUUCCACUGAGUUGUAAAAUAGUCCUUGGCAUUAAAAUAAAUGUUUAUGUUGCAGAAGAGAAAGUGGUUCAUUUAAUAGCAGUGCCCUAAUUUUGACUGCCUUUCAGAGCCAUAUUUUCUUUAACAACAAAUAAAACCAUUCCUACUCUCAAUGGGAAAAAAAUGUUUUUUACAAAGUCCCAGUGAAAUAAUUCUUCAGAUGCAAAAUAGAAAUGUACCCUGAGAUCUUUAAAAUUAUUAAGAUUUUUUUUACAUUUUGCAUGGAUAAAAUUCACAAUUUGUAUUUUUACACACAUAGUAACAGUACUUGGCUCAUGGUAAGGUAUUAUCCGCAGCUUCAGGUUUCAAAUUGUUCAGUCGCUUUCUCAGAUAGCAUCUUUAUAAUACAAUCGUCUACAUUUCAUAUCAGUACAUCUAUGGUUCUUGUUUUUUAAAAAAAACAACAGACUAUAACACCAUGAUUUUUACUUGUUAUUUCAUUCAGUAAAAAAUACGAUUAUGUAUUUUCCUGUAUUCAUUCUUUAUUCUGUUUAAAUUGGUUUACUAUGUAUUUAGAAUGUGCAAAACCCACCACUUGGAGAAUGGAACCGCCAGAAUAGCAUGCGUCCAAAACAACAUAAGUGGCUUUUGUUUUCAAGGCAGAGCCACUCUCAGAAUACCGCAAACCACUUCCGGUUCAGAUUAAUUUGCAGAAACUUCUAGACCAUCCUUGGAACAAGGGUUUGGCACAUCAUUGCUAUGUAGUCACAGUUCAUCAAGAGCAUUGACUUGUGGCUGCUAAAAAUCCAGGGAGUUGUAGUCCAGUACACCUGGAGGGCACCUAAUUGGAGCAAGGUGAUCAAGAAUAUAUUUAUAAAUUUUAUUUAAAAAAAUUUAUAAAUAUUAUUAUUGUAAGUAUUAUUAUAGGGAGCCAGCUUGGAGUAGUAGUUAAGGCAUUGCUUUAGUAACCAGAAUGCUGUGAGUUCUAGUCCCAGUUUAAGCUGAAAGCUGACUGUGUGACUUUGAGUCAGUCACUGAUCUCAGCCUAAUCCAUCUCACAGGGUUGUUAUUGUGGGGAAAAUAGGAGGUAGGAGUAUUAGGUAUGUUCACUGCGUAUUAAAAAAAAAAGGAAAUAAAAAUUGAAUAAUAAAAAUUUAGAAAUAAACUAUAGUGGCUUUGUUGUGAAAAUGUUAAAGCUCAUUUCAUUAUUUUUGUCUCUGUAAAUAAAUUUUUCCCUUUCCUGACCACAAAAUCUUACAUGAGGAGACGUCUUGUUCACUUCUGUGAGAAAGACUCCAAGCGAAUAAUUGUAUUAUAUUCUCUAAGUAUAAGAAAGAAAGGGGAAAAUUUCUUCAAGUUUAGAAUUAACUAGAUCAAUAUUGCUCAACGUGGUGCCCUCCAGCUCUUUUGGGACUACAACUUCAUUAUUUUAGCUUUGAGUGUGUCAUCGUUCACAGAUUAAAAGCAUGUACAUUUAAGUCAGCAUUGGCUAAUGUAUGAUCUUCAAAACACUUGGCUGGUACCACUAUCAUCUUUCACCAUUGACCAUGCUGGUUAAUGUAAGUGGAAGUUCUUUAGCAACACUGGCAUCCUUCAUCUAAGUGGAGAUAAGCUCUAUAAAGUUCCUGUUGGGUUUCAUAUAACAUAGUGGUAAGUAUUAUGGUAUUCUGACAUCAUGACUGAUAACAUCAAUUUUCUUGAUAUGUUAUUCUACUGCACUGGCUAUGAUGCAGCAAAAUAUGCAUUUUGGCAUCAGUAUGCUCUUUCCAUGAAUGCUCAUUCAGUGUGGUUUCAGAAAUUAUUGUAUGUAAACAAAAAAGAAAAAAAACAUACAGCAUAUAUCUGUACAGAGGGAUACAAAUUUCAUAUACAGGGAGCAAGUGCAAGGCUGUAAUCAAAAUAGUGGCAAUGAUGGUAGGAUUAAAGUUCCGGCCAUUUUUAUUUGAAUUGGGGACAUUAAAAAAUGGCAGAACCUCAAUUAUACUAUCGCUAUCACUAUUUUAACAUUUUUUAAAUCACAUCCUGUGGAUGCUCCUGAAUAGGUAGGUGCAUUCAUUUUGAAAACGAAUGAAAGACUUAUUUUUUAUAAUCUAAUUGAACAGCAAACUCCACCAAGGAAAAAGAGCAUUUCUCUCUGUAUUUCUGUCUGUAUGUGUGUAUCUCUCUCUCUUUUUCUCUUCAUUUCCAUGCAUUUUUGCAAUUUUGAUUGAUUGAGUCAUGGUUUUGCAGUGGUCAUCAAGCCUGCAACUCUGCACAGUUCACUGGAGAAGAAGGAGGAGAAGAAGAAGAAGAAGCAAAAUGAAUAGGUUGAAGCAUCACUUAGCUUCACAGAAUUUUGACAAAAACUCUGACUUAAAGGGACCAAAAAAAAAGGGAGGGGUGAAAAUAAAGUUUAUCUCUCUGUGGCAGAAGGAACUGUGACUAGAUAAGUGUGUGCCUAUUCAAUAUCCUGUUCAAAUUAUACUUGUUGGUAGGGAAUUUCAAAGGCCCUGCUUUUCUUCCCAAUGUUUUUCCUAAUUUAGUCAAAGAAAGCUAGAAAAGAUUAGGACUUAUUUUCCAUUUCAUGCUGUGUAUUGUAUCUGCCAAGAUUAGUAAAAAAAAGUUAUAAUUUUAUGAGUAGUGUAAUAUUUAAUUUAAUUACCAAAUAACAUACCAUCCUGCAGGAUAAAAAUUGGCCAUAUACUUUAUUAUAAUCUAAGAGACUCAGGAAAAUUUCUUAUGAUGUGCAGUUCAGACAAAAGAUUUGCAAUCAUAUAGCCAAUUUUGUAUACUUGGUGUGAUCUUAAGAUGAAAUGUCACCUGACAAAGAAAAACGAAGUCCAACCCAACUCCUCCUAAUCUAGAUUUCCCUAGAAGUUUGUAGUUCAUGGUCAUUGAUUGACUGUUGUAAAACGCACAACUGAAGUUGGGGAAGGGUGGUUCAAGCAAAACCUAAAGGCUAAUAAUAACGGCUUUAAAAAAGAAAAAAAAAUGUGGUUAGGUAAAGUCAAUAAAGGGAAAGUUGAAUAAUAAGUCCUCCAGUUAUUUUCCGAUUCCUGAAAUGAACUUUUAAAAACUGACUUCUCAAAGCCUACCCAAGGUUUAACUAAGGAGAAAACUGAAGGGGUGGGGGAAUCAAAAUGAUGGUAAAAGGGCACAGAUACAGAAACAGCUAGAAGCAAUUUAAAAAGCAGCUAGGUGAGCCUAGAAAUAGAUGCAGCUACUUUAAUGGUUCAAAGACAGUCACUUUAUAAAUACUCCUUCAUGUUUCAAAUUAUGUCUUUUUGCGGGAUUUUCACAGAUAUGUUAGAUGAUGAGUCGUCUGUUGGUUCAAUCUCAGGAAAGAAGCGCUUUACAUUCUGAGGAAAAUGUUUGAUAAGAUCUCCCUUAAAGGGGUGAAAUCUGAUGCCACCUCAGGUGUCCAAGACAAUAGUAAUUUACUGCUUGUAAUCUCACUCACAAAAGAAGUUUUUUGGCUGAAAUAUUUGGUUUCUGAAGUUUUCCAUUAUCAGAAGAGUUACUGUUGAAUGUGAAAAACAUAGCUUUUGUAUCUGAAAAUCUUUUAUUACUGUAACAAGUUCAGAACAUCAAACACAUAAUGGAAAAUUUCUAUAAUAAUAACAAGUUUGAAAGAAAAUUGUUUCAAAUGAAACAUUUAUAAACUAUUGGCUUUCUCUUAUUCAGAAGCACAAAUGAAUGUGCUAGUAUUUCAUGUAUAGGUUCUAGGUGUGAUAUUUGUAACAUUUAAAUUUCAUAUAAUUCCAGGAACUUGUUCCUGCCAACAAGAGCAGUGAUAAUCUCUCCUAGCACAUUAUUUUUACAAUUUUGGGCUUUAAGGACCUUUAACAAUUAGAAGUAGAUUGAAAUUUUGGACAGAAGCCAUCUGAAAUUCUGCUAUCAUGUUCCCUAAUAGUUUCAUUUCUUUAGGAAAUACAAGGAAAUAUAUCUUGUCCUUUUCUGAUUUAUCUUAAGAAAUCAAAUCUAAGUCAAAUUAUAAUUAGAUGAGUCAUUGCCCCAAAUUGCUUUUAAAUUAUUUGCGGCAGGAAGUUAUUUCAAAACUUGAAUAUUUUGAAACUUGAAUACUGAUGAAAAACAAAAAAUAUGAGAUUAAUUGGUUUUUGGCUAUCUUCAGAACAUGUAUUCAUGUUUAUCACACCUUUCCUUCAGAAAUAAAAGACAGAUUAACUCUCAUUUCAACACUCAGAUACAAAUAUUCUCCUUUAUUGGUACCUCAGAUAACUGUCUUUCUAGUUGAUAUGAGAGAUCAUGUCCUAUUCAAAGUUGCUAACACCUGAGAAUUGGGCCAACAUAUUAAUCAUUUAUGUUCAUUCUCUUUAACCAAUAGACAUAUUCUUAUGAAUCCGCUUAUUCCAAAUCUGAAAUCUUGAGAAAUAGAGUUAUUGCAGAGUGUACUUGGAUAUAAUCCACAUUCUACUUUGCUACGCUGUUUGCUAAAUUCUGUUUCUUCCUGUGAAGCAAAAAUUGUAAUGAAAUUACAUCUGGUAAUCUUGUAACUCUUUGGUUAUUUUUGUUAUAAUUAAAACAGCUGGUCAAAAAUAAAGAACCCUUUCAUGCACCAUUGUAUAAGUUCACAUACUGUAGACACAAAAAAAAUUAAAAUAUAUUUUUCUAAACAUUAAA